UUUCACAGACAUACAGUAAGUGCUUUACAAAGGCAAUGUACAACAACGGAGGCACAACAGGCAAUAUACUACAAAAGGCAAUAACAAAUAAUGAAAGGCACAAUGCAAAAUAGAAUAGGCCUAAAACAGUGUUUAAAUAUAUACAUAGUUCAAGUAUAUUUGUCAAAUGAUACUAAUUUGCUUCCUCUACUUGAACUCAUUUAUGGUACUUACUUAACUCGGAGGGGCUUCUCUCUUGCAAAACACUAUGAAACCGAUUAUGCGCUCAUUAGGAAUGAAGUCACAUGCUUCCGUGCGUCAGUUAUGAAAGAAUGACUCCUGUGCUUCAUAAGAAACAGUGGGCCUCUUGUGUGCAAGUGUCACUGCACCUCCACUGCUCGCAAAUGUCUUGAUACUGUAAGCUCGUGCCCGAAUUACACUAAUCUUUAUAGAGCCUUCACUGCCAGAAGUACCUCAGGUUGGAAGGGAAAACUCACACUUUAGAGUAAAACUUCAAAAUAGUUUUUUCCCUGUCUUAUAAGUUUACGUUAGUAUGACUUCAACCCUGAGGAAAGUGUACCACAUCACAGUAUUCAGCUGGUAUGCUUUUGUUGUAAAGAGCCUCGCUGCUAAGGAUGGAGAGGAGUUACCACCAGGGAUCUUUGUUUACGGAGGACCAUGGAAGUACCUCACUUUUUUGAAUUUGCUGUUACAAAUGUCAUUCUUUGGACUGGCGGCAGUGAAUGAUCUACAACCUGAGGAGUCCGAGAGCACUCUGAACAAAUGUAAAGACCUUCUCUUCUCUGUCUUUGCCUUCCCUGUGGGCAUGUUUGUUGUUCUACUUUUCUGGAGCAUCUUUGCCUAUGACAGAGAAUUAGUCUACCCAGCCAGUAUUGACACCUUCUUCCCCCCCUGGAUAAACCAUGCUAUGCACACGUUCGUCCUUCCUGUUUUACUUGGAGAGAUGCUGGUGCAGCCUCACAUCUACCCACCGACCAAACAUGCGCUGGCAGCAUUGGGAGUUGUGGGCUUGUCUUACUUAUUUUGGAUUAUAUGGGUGUACUUGUCAGUUGGGAUUUGGGUGUAUCCCCUUCUCGGGUACUUCAGCACCCCCGGUCUGGUGGGCUUCUUCCUAUUCAACAUGACAGUGGUGACCUUGCUCUACGUGCUAGGGGACAAACUCAACAGCCAUGUCUGGUAUGAGAACAACAUGACAGCAAAAGCGAAGUGAUUCAGCCUCUCUGCAACAUAAAAAUGGUCAGAAAUAAUCCCUUAAAGAGAGACUGAAAGAAGAGCUAACACAUUCUUCCUCUUACAAAUGAAAAGUUUAAUUUAUAAGCAAUAAAAUGCACCAUUGCUCAGUUAAAUACACUCAGGGGUUUUGCUGUUACAGCCCUUGUUGGUACGACCAGUGGCUUAUAAUGGCUUACCAAAGUUAGCAAACCUUAAAUAUGGUUCAGUAUGAUUCUUCUCCACUACUACUACAUGUUGCAUUAGUUCAGCAUUUUAGCUAAUGGAGAACUGUUUAGCAACUAGAAACUACUCUUUAGCAUUUAGAUACAACUUGGCAAGCAUUAUUCCAUUACAAUCAACAGUAGCAGCUGUUGGACACAAGUUACAGUCUCAUUUUAAAGGGGUUCAUUGCACUGAAACUGCCAACAACAGCCGGUGUAAAUGUUACUUAAUUUAACUCACAACAUUGUUGAAAUUGAUUACAUCGACCAUUUUAAGUAACACUAACUUAAUUUAAAGUUUAAAGUU